UGAGCAUACACCGAUAUGGCGACGGACACCGGUGUUUCGUGGAUGGAAUGGCUGGUGUAUACGGAGGACUUGAAGCAGUUAUGGGGGGCGCAGCCCACCUACAUUAUAUCCCAGGCCGUGUUUUUAUUGGCUGGAAUCGUCACUCUCAUACAUGCUUUCAGAAAAGGAGGACGAUGGCCAUACUUUUGGCUAGGCACUGUGCUGCACGGACUCUACGCUGACAACUUUUGGCAUAUCGUAGUGCCUGAAUUUGAUAACUUCUGGCAUUCACAGACUCCUGUUAUGCUCUUCGGAGGCAGGAUGCCACUCCACAUCAUGUUCUUAUAUCCGGCCUUCAUAUACCAAGCUGCCUACGCUGUUUCUAAGUUGAAUCUUCCUAAGUACGCGGAACCCCUUGCGGUCGGCCUAGUCACUGUGUUGAUCGAUAUCCCGUACGACAUAGUAGCCGUAAAGUUUGUUCACUGGACCUGGCAUGAUACUGACCCUAACAUCUUUGAUCGUCAUUAUUGGGUGCCGUGGAACUCUUACUACUUCCAUGCUACAUUUGCCGCCAGCUUCUUCUUCUUCUUCGAAGCCAGUCGAAGAUGGUUUGCUCCAAAGGUUGAAAAAUGGGAAUCAGCAGGCAAAGCAACAGAAUUGAAGUCGAUGUUUAUAGCCGCGCUACUGGGCAUGCCCGGCGGUGUCCUUAUGUUCGUGCCCAUCUACCACCCAUUACACGACAACUACCAAGUCCACACUGAAAUCACCGUUUUCACUCUCUUCGCCAUUUUCUUCGUAAUUAUUCUUCGCGGUCUCUUGAGUGAACGAGAAAAGAACAAGACAAGACUUACUGCGAUCGACUACAUUCUGCUACUCCAGCUGGCAGUGCACUACCUCAUCUAUUGGAUAUUCGUAGCUUUCUUUGACCCUGAACGAGAAUGGUCACUAGGAUUUCACGAGCCUGUCGGUCCUUGCCACGAAGUAUCUAGCCUCGUCACACCGUUUGGCCAAACACUAUAUAAAAGAAAGUACUUGUGCUUGGAUGAUUACGACGAAGAUUACUUCGAUUUCCAUUGCGUCAAUAACCAGAGACCUGCGCCGGGAUCGUCGUGGUACGUCAUCUGUGGCACUCCUUUCACAAACCGAGUGGAGUAUAUUACAAUUCUAACCGCGAUCUUGAUUACGGCUACAGGUGUUUUCUCCGCAUUGUACUCCCAGAACACACCAGCGACACCUCCCAAAAAAGUAAAGACAAAAUAAACCAAGUAGAUGCACUAAUUUAUUUUUUGUAUUGCGAUGAGAAGUAAUUUAAUUCCUAUUUUCUUUUUUAAUUUAUUGGUUCAUGUGUAUGACUCGUAUUAUAUGUAACAAAAACCUUGAUCAUGUGUUUUAAUA